GAAGUGCCACGACUUCACAGCGGAGCACGGAUUCUCCAGCGGAGCGAGAGGGAGACCAGUGGAAGAAAGAAAAGGCAACUGAGCCACACACAGCUGGAACAGCAGGCAGCUUCGCACACAGGUCCCUUCGUCCUCAGCACGCAGCUCUCUGCCCGCUCUCUUUCCCUUCGCGCAGCUCCAUCACCGGCGAGGUUUACUGAAGUUGAAAAAUGGAUAUCUAUGACCCCCAGACCCUUGGGAUAAUGGUGUUUGGUGGAUUCAUGGUGAUCUCGGCUGUCGGGAUUGCCCUCGUCUCCACCUUUUCCAUGAAAGAGACCUCUUAUGAGGAGGCCCUCGCUAAACAACGUAGAGAGUUAGGUAAGAUACAGUCAGGUCGCUCAGACAAAAAGAAGAAGGACAAAGUGUCUGAGAAGAAAAGCCGUGGAAAGAAGAAAGAAGACAAGCCCAAUGGAAAGAUCCCAGAGCAAGAAAAAACAGAAGAUACUACUGAUGCUGAAGAAGUCAUUGAGCCCGUUGUUGCCCCAGUUGUAGCUGCUGCUCCUGAACCUGUCCCAGAACCUGUCCCUGCUGUCGAGGUUAAGCCAGCUGCUGCCCCAGCACCAGUAGAACCUGAGCCCAUACCUGCCGCUGAACCAAUUCCUGCUGCCGAGCCUUCACCUGCACCCUCUCCUAAAGAGAAAAAGAAGAAGAAGGUCGCCAAGGUUGAGCCUGCCUCAACCCAAGUAGCUGCCCCUGCCCCAGUGUCUGCUCCCGCAGCAGUCAAGUCCUCUGCAGUCCCUCCAUCAACCAAGGCCCCUGUGUCUGCCCCAGCCAAGUCUGCGCCUGCAGCUAAGUCUGCAUCUGCCCAAGCCAAAUCUGCUCCUGCACAAGCAAAGGCCGCAGCAGCACCAGCCAAGUCUUCACCAGCUCCAUCCAAGACUGCCCCAGUGCUGGAGGCUGUUACCAAAGAGGUCCCAGUGAUGGCAGUGCCCCCUGUGGGAUCGCAGCAGGCUCCUGCUGUUGAAGCAAAAGCACAGGAGCCCAAGAAAAAGUCCUCUAAGAAAAAGAGUGAGCCUGUGGCAGCUGUGGAUUCUACUGAUGCUCCGCUGUACCUUCCCUACAAAUCUCUGGUGUCCACUAUCAGUAGCAUGGUGUUCAGUGAGCGGGAGGCACAUAGGCUCAUCGAGAUCCUGUCCGAGAAAGUUGGCAUCAUUCAGGACACCUGGCACAUGGCCACCCAGAAAGGAGACCCAGUUGCCUUGAUGAAGAAACAACUGGAGGAGCGGGAGAAACAGCUGGCGGCAGAACAGGAGGAAGCUUCUGCAACAAAGAACCGUCUUAGAGAACUCACCAAGGAGCUGUCUGGUGAGAAGUCCAAGGUUGCCGGCGUUGAGACAAGGCUGAGUUCCCAGCUGAGUAAGAGGGAGCAGGAAAUGAUCGCACUCCAAGCUCGCAUGCAGGCCAGUUACCAGGACCAUGUAGCCCAGACUCAGAUGCUCAAUGCAAAGGUCAUCAGCCUGCAGGACCAGCUGGAAAAAGGCCCCAAUGCCCAACUUGCCCGUCUACAGCAGGAGAACUCCAUUCUCCGUGAUGCCCUCAACCAAGCCACCAGUCAAGCAGAGAGCAAACAAAAUGCAGAGCUGGCCAAGCUGCGUCAGGAAUGUACAAAGCUAACCAAGGAUCUCGGAGAGAAGACGGAAAGUCUGCUUGCUGAUGAGCACAUCAGGAAAGGGCUGGAGGCCAAGGCCUCCGCUGCUGAAAAGCAACUCUCCCUGCUGCAGGCUGCCCAUGCAGAGAGCGAGCAGGCGUUACAGAGGAAGCUGGAGGAAGUGUGCGAAGAGCUCAGAAACACACAAAGUAGAAGUAGCAGCCUGCAGGCCACUUUGGACAAGGCUCAGCAGGAAAGCAGCACAAUCUCAGAUUUCCAAGAGCGUACAGAGAGAUUGGAGGCUGACGUCAGGGAGCACUCUGCUCAGGUGGAAGCCCUUACAGCUCAGCUGGAGGAGACCCAGGCAGAGAAAAGCCAGCUCGUACAGCAGGUGGACUCCAUCAACUCACUGCUGGAAGCCAGUCAGAACAAAAAGGAGGACGAGGACAAUCAGGUGAAUGCUGCAGAACUGGAACAGCUUAAGCUUAGCCUUCAGGAAAAAGACGGCCAGCUGAGCACGCUUCACGAGGAACUGAAUCAAUUGCAGACAAAGCAGGAAGCUGCCGAGAACACUAUAGCUGAGAUUGAACAAAGAAACCAGAGUGAGGAUGGCAGUGUUGUCACGUCGCUACAGGAGGAACUUACAAGCCUUAAAGAAGAGCUGAAGCAAAUUAAGAACUCAGCACAGUCAGAUGGCUCUGCAGAAGAACUCACUCAACUACAGGACAGCCUGAGUGAGAAGGAUGUUCUCGUCACCUCAUUAGAAGAGCAACUGAGAGAAAUGAGAGAACAGAUGACCACUGAUGGACAGAACCAGGACAUCACGGCACAGCUGACUGGUCUUCAAAGCGAAAUCAAAGAAAGUCUCCAGACACUCUUCCCACAAAUACCUUUAGAGUUAGAGCAGUCCAACUGGUUGCAAGAAUUUACACAGAAAGCUCAGGAGGUUCUGAACCAGCAGAGCCAGGAGGUAGAUUCAAGCACAGAGUUGCCAGCAUUACUUGCGAAACUGAAGGAGGCUGAAGAGAGCCAUAGCUCCCUUCAGGCUGAGUGUGAACAGUACAGGACAGUUCUGGCUGAAACAGAAGGAAUGCUGAAAGAUCUGCAGAAGAGCGUAGAAGAGGAAGAGCUGGUAUGGAAAUCCAAGAUGGCUGACUCAGAGGAACAGCUGAGGGUGGCUUUGGAGAAAGUCAGCGAGCUGGAGGCUGAAGAUCAAAGUGUAGAUAAGUUGAAGGAGCAGAUGAUGCUUCUGGAAGCUCAGCUGGAGAAGCAGUCAGACAACCAGGGAACCUCAGAGGAGAUGGAGCAGCUGCAGCUGCAGCUGUCGGAGUGUCAGAGCCAGCUGGAUUUGGCCCAGAAGGAAUCCCAGGCACAGAAGGAGGAGCUUGCACAGGUCAGAGAGCAACUGGGCGAGGUCACGAUGAGGGCUCAGAGCGAACAGAAUGGCCCAGCCGAGGCUCAACCCAGUCAGGUGCAGAAUGAGUUGAGUCAGACAACUGAGAACCUGCAUGAGGAGGAGGCUCGGGGGCAGCAGCUCUCAGAGGAGUUUGAGCAGGCCCAGAAAACUAUAACAGACUUUCAGGCUCAGCUGGAUCUUCUGAAGGUUUCUGCAGAGUCACCACAAACUGACUCAGAGGAUGUUGCUCAAGUCAAGGAGCGCCUAGACAAGGAGAAGAAGCUGUCCAAAGACCUGGGCCAGGCGGCCACCAAGCUGCAGCAGCUUCUCAAAGCAACACAGGAGCAGCUGACCAAAGAGAGAGACACAGUGAAAGCACUACAGGAGCACCUGGAGGGCAAGGGUGAAUAUGUGGAACUGAAGGAAGGAACGUCCGUCUGAAAGAAGUAUACUGCGGACACUACACAAAACUGCCAAAUAUGCCUUAUGAUUACCAUAGUUAUGCAUUCCAAAACAAUUUAUUUCUCUUACUGUAGUUAAUUGCAUUUUUUGCAAAUGUAGGAAUCAUGUUUGAUAUAAUAUGAACUUUUCAAAGUAAGAUUGGAGGAGGGAGUCCUGCUGCAGUCUUUCCUGAAACACACAUUCCAUCAACCAUUCUGGCUAUGUCAGAAGUUAUUUAUCCCCCUGCCUUAUAUUCCAAACAAUUCCCCAUAGUUCAGUGUUAAAAGGGAAACCGAUUGUACGUCAAACGUACAUCAACCUGUGCAAUUACUUUGUAUGUUUUUUCUAUGUGGUCGAAUGAUGGGAACAUUUUAUGGUUCAGUGAUGCAGUACCUUUUAGGUCCUGCUGUCCUCUGUAGCUGGCAGCCAAUAACACAUCAAAUUUGUAUGAAUGAAUAAACUACAGUGUCACCUGUCA